CGGCGGCGAGGGCGCGGAGGAGGGCGCGACACUGUCACGGCAGGCCAGGCGCGGCGCCAUGGAGGUUGCGGUGUCCUCCAUGCUGUCUCACCCCAACAUCGUGCAGGUGUACGCCACCUUCAGCGGGGUGGUGGUGGUGCGCUGCCACUACCGGGACAGCCCGCUGCCGGUGCUCAAGCUGUGCGCGCCGGACGACCCCAUGCUGCGUAGCAGCGACCCGGGUCCUCUCAACCAAGUGCUGUGUUUGGAGUACUGCGACGCGGGCACGCUGCUGGCCGCUGCUCGCGCGGGCGCCUUCCGCCUGGCCUGCGCCACGAGCGCCAGCAACGGAGCCAUCUGGCCCGCACUGGGGCCGCUGUACACAUCGCUGCUGGAGGUGGCUCUCGCGCUGCGCCACCUGCACUCCCGGCGGCUGGUGCACUGCGACGUGAAGGCGGCCAACGUGCUGCUCAAGAGCUCGGCGCGCGACCCGCGGGGCUGGAGCUGCAAGCUGAGCGACUUUGGAUGUGUGCGUCUGCUGAACGAGGCGGGUCCCGAGGGGCGGCUGGGCUUCCGAGUGGCGCACCCGCUGGGCACCGUGGGGUACAUGGCGCCAGAGUGCUUUGUGAAGGGUGCGCUGCUCGGCCCCGAGGUGGACAUCUACGCCUUCGGAGUGCUCAUGUGGGAGGUGCUCAUGAGUCGCACCCCCUACGGCAACAUGAACCCGCAGGACGUACCCCGCCAGGUGCUCCGCUCCCACCUGCGGCCCGUGUUCCACCCCCUGGCGCCCCCACCCUACUGCUCCCUGGCAGUCCGCUGCUGGUCCGGCAGCCCCCGCCGCCGCCCCUCCGCAUCCGACCUGGUGGCGGAGCUGCAGCAGCUGCUGGCGGAGGCGCAGAAGCAGCAGCAGCAGGGACAGGUGCAGCAGCAGGGGGCAGCAGCGGCAGGGGGCAGCGGCGGGGGCCGACCCCCGCCGCCGCUAUGGAACCUGGCGCCGCCGCCGCCGCCGCAGCAACAGCAGAUGGGGGCGGCGGCUAGAGCGGCGGGGGCGGCGAUGCCGCCAGCGGCGCAGGCCAUACGAUCGCAGGCCUCACCGCAGCCGCCUUCGCCGCCGCCGCAGCAGCAGCAGCGUCCGCAAGCCUAGCAGCAUGUGCAAAAGGUGGGAGCGGAGACCUGGGGGAUCAGCAGCGGCGGCGGCAAGGCGGCAGGGGGGGGCGUCGAGCGCACGAGGCCCCGCGAGUGAAACUGAGGACCACGGAGGAUCAGGGAAAGGCGCGGGGCGAACAGCAGGCUCACAGGGUCUCUUGCACACGGGCAGGGCUGCGGGGCUCUUGGCCGCAUCGGGGCUAGCCCUGGGCUAGCCAGUAGGUGGUGUGAGCAGUAGCGGUACGGCUGCCAGAUCAGCAGAAAACAGCGGCAGCGGCGGCGGCCGUAGUUUUGCUUCCCAAACCAAACAAAGCAAUGACUGCAAGUAAGCCACAGGAACCCUUUUGCAACCAUGCAUGUGUUAUGAGCGAACGAAGCAUGCUAUGGAGCGAGCCAAUAAGCCGGUCUCUACAAAACUUGGAAAAGCACCGCAUUGAAUACGGUGGGGUUCUACACCCAUUAGCAGCCGAGCUUUCGCAAGCUCUUGGUUGCUAAGGCGCUGUUUCUCUAAAAGCGGUUGGUUUACUGUAUUGAGCCGAUGGCAGGUUUAUGCGCUGCCAUUCGUUGCUAAGGGAAGUCGAAAACGAUGGAGCGGUUGGGGGUGCGGAGAUGGAGUGUUUAUUGUGUUGCUACCUUAUGAUGCUGAUGAUGGUCUUUGUAGUGACAAGGUUUGCAAAGAUGAUGGUCUGUGAGAGAGAGAGAGAGAGAGAGAGCGCACAUGAUGACGUUCUGUAUGGUUGCUGUACGACGUUAAAAAGGAUGCCUAUGUUGAUAUAUUCGUAACGCGCGAAUAGUAGGUAUGGAAGGGAAUAACCGGAGGCCUCUGUAGUUCUACUGUAGCACCGGCCGAGUACCGGUCGUAUCUCAUGAUCGUUUCGAGGAUGAUGAUGGUGAUGAUGAUGAUGGUGAUGAUGGUGGUGAUGAUGAUGAUGAUGAUGAUGAUGAUGAUGAUGAUGAUGAUGAUGAUGAUGGUGAUGAUGGUGAGAGCUAUGAGGAAUAAAGUCACGUGAGGAGUGUUGGUUGUUCUGCUGAGCGAUAGUGCCUACCGAUUCUUUCUUCCUGCCGCGCCGUGGGACCACACCCGCGCAGGCGGCACGUGGGCGCAUUGCUGCUGCUGUCCUGGGGGGUGGAUGCUGCUCGGUCUGCGGCCCGGUGUAUGGUACGAAGUACGGCAAGCAUGGGAUUCAUGUAUGGGGUUGCACAAGUUACGAUGCUGUGUGGGG